UAAAUGUAAGUGUAAAUUAUAAUAGACAGCCUAAUUAAUUGAGCUAGUUCACCUAUAAAUAGCCAUGAAACCCUCUUUCAAAAAGCACACACAACAAAACUACUCAAACUUUGCUACUUGUCAUAUCUUACAAAAGGAGAAGAAAAGAUAUGAAGUACUUGAGCAGCCUUAUCAUCACACUAUCUUUGGCUAAUAUAUUAUGCCUUGGAAUGGUUUAUGCAGAUGAAAGACCCGAUCACAAAUGUGGUCCUCCAUUCGGCAAUCCACCAUGUCAUGAAGGAAGGUGUUGCAGCAUCCAUAACUUUUGUGGUAGCGGAUCCGAUUAUUGUAGGGGCGGAAACUGCCGAUACCAGUGCUGGUUUGCAGCAACACCAACUGUGCGUGAAAAUUCUGUAACCAAAAUAGUCACUAAAUCACUUUACAACGAAAUGUUUAAGCAUAGAAGUGAUUGUCAAAGCCAGGGCUUUUAUAGCUACGAGGCUUUUGUCGCUGCUACUCAAUCCUUUCCUAGCUUUGCUACUACUGGAGAUGUGUCAACUCGUAAGAGGGAGAUCGCUGCUUUCUUUGCUUUAACUUCUCAAGCAACUACAGGUGAAAGUGAGUGGUCUGAUGAUGAGUCACAUACAUGGGGCUAUUGUCAUAUCAACGGGACUACUACCAAUGAUUAUUGUACUUCUUCUCAUUGGCCCUGCGCUCCUGCCCAAAAAUACAAUCCUCGAGGACCUGUACAACUCACUCACAACUACAAUUACGGGCUUGCUGGAGAAAGCCUUGGGCUAGAUUUGAUCAACCACCCUGAUUUGGUGGCAACAGACCCAAUUAUAUCGUUCAAAACAGCCAUAUGGUUCUGGAUGACUCAGCAUGACAACAAGCCUUCUUGUCAUGAUAUACUUAUCAAUGCUAAUUCCCAAGUGAAAGUGAAUAUCCCAAGCUAUGGAGUGAUUGGAAACAUAAUCAAUGUAGAUAAUACAGCUACUAAUGCCAUCGGCUACUACAAGAGGUACUGUGACAUGUUAGGAGUGAGCCAUGGACAUAACUUGAAAUAUUGGCUCGACCAAUCGGUUGAUGCUCACAUCCAAAUGCCUAUCUGAUCGAUCAUGAAUAAAAUAUGAGAUUACCAAAAGAAAAGAAAUGAUGAUGGCUCUAUGUUUGGAAUUACGAAUGGAAAAGAAACUAUAUAUAUAUAUAUAUGCUUUGCUACUAGAACCACUUCCUUUUAUGUUAUGUAAUGUAAAUAUGUAAUAAAGAGGUUCAACUUAGGUUGAUCUUCUCUUCUUGAUGAAUAAAUUAAUGAGCCACACACAUGUUUUUGUUUUUA